GUUGUAUUAACUAAAGACAAGUGAUUAAUUAUUUUCAAGCUUUUCUUAACACUUAUCAUCAAUAAAGGGUCACUAUUCACUUUAUAAAUACCAACCUUGCUUGCUCUCCAUAGACUUCAACUUUCUGUUGAGAUUUUUAGAAUUGCUGUCAAGAAACAAAGAAUCAACUAUCAUGUCAUUUGUGGAUGAUCAAUCUGGGGAUCUCUCACUACAUGAGAGAAAAUCAGGGAGAGGAAGGAUUGAGAUCAAGCGGAUCGAGAACACAACCAACCGUCAAGUUACUUUCUGCAAACGCCGCAAUGGUCUGCUCAAGAAGGCCUAUGAGCUCUCUGUUCUUUGUGAUGCUGAAGUUGCACUGAUUGUUUUCUCCAACAAAGGCCGCCUUUACGAGUAUGCGAACAACAGUGUUAGAGGAACAAUUGAAAGGUACAAAAAGGCCAACUCGGAUACCCCCAACACGGCUACUGUUUCUGAAGCCAAUACUCAGUAUUACCAGAAAGAAGCUGCAAGGCUGCGCCAGCAAAUUUCCAACCUGCAAAACAGUAACAGGCAUCUGAUGGGCGAAGCGCUGGGGGCUGUGCCAGCAAAGGAACUUAAAGGCCUGGAAACUAAAUUGCAGAAUGGACUUAGCAGAGUCCGCUCCAAGAAGAAUGAACUUCUCUUUGCUGAAAUCGAAUUCAUGCGGAAGAGGGAAAUUGACUUGCAUAACAAUAAUCAGUACCUUAGAGCAAAGAUUUCUGAGAAUGAGAGAGCACAGCAGCAGAUGAGUUUGAUGCCAGGUGCAUCUGGGAGUUCUGAGCAGUAUCGUGAUGUAGGACAACCUCAUGAGUCUUUUGAUGCGCGGAACUACCUCCAAGUCAAUGGCCUCCAGCCCAACAAUGCUAAUUACUCGUCUCACCAGGACCACCAAACUCAACAUGUUCCUCUCCAGUUAGUAUAAAAAGUAUGCUUUUAGUGGAGGCUCUGUAGUUUCUAUCUAGCAACUGAUCUCAUUUCUAUGGGGACUAAAUUAUGAAUCAAGGCAUGAAGGAGUCUACAUGGCUAGAAGAUUAGCAAGAUGCAUGAGAUCAACAAGAAACAUGUAGAGCCUCUUUAAUUACUAUGAUCAUGACAUGGUUAAUUAUAAUUAUAACUUAUCGAUGUUAACGUGUAGCAACCAUAUGUGUGAUGUCUUUGCUUUUUGAGAUUCCAUGCUUUGAACUUAUUAGCUACUUAUUUUUGUGAUGUGAUGUUUACAGUGUGAACUUUUCAAUGUUAACUAUGUAAUCAUGUGAAAUA